CCUCUCUCUCUCUCUCUCAGUCUGUCAAAACUGGCAAAUAAGUUUUUGUCAGCUAACUAUUUUAUUUACUUUGAAAGCUAUGUGUCUCUGCCUCUCUCUCUGACUUCUGAUUAUUAGAGCUUCUCUUUCCCUCUCUCUAUCUUUCUGUUUACGUGCUUCAAGCAUCGACUUGGGUUUUGCUUCUUCUUCUUCUUCUUCUUCUUUUUUAUGGUCUUUUUGGUUUCCUUUUUCUUUUCUUUUUUUGGUGUUGAGUGAACCAGGAAGCGGUUUUGGGUCCUGUGGCUGAGGUUGAAUUGACCCCACUGAGGAAUUUUUAGGUGACAGCACAUAAAUUUAAUAGUUUUGUAGUGGGUUCAAUUCUUUCUUGGUUUGGAAGGAUGGAUUUCAAGUGAACAUUGGGUUUGGAUCAUUUUCUGGUGUUUCAUAUAAGUUGAAUUUUUAGGAUUUGGUAACUGGUUUUUAUUUGGGAUUUGUGAUUGAAAUCUAGAGAGUGAGAAUUGUUUGUUAAAAGGAUAAGGAACUCAUUUUCAAUCAAAAAUGGAAAUGACCUCAAGAACAGAGCUUGAUGACGAAAGUGACAACAACAGAGGUAGUAUGUGGGAUUUGGAUCAGAAGCUUGAUCAGCCUAUGGAUGAGGAAGCUGGAAGGCUUAGAAAUAUGUACAGAGAAAAGAAAUUCUCGCUGCUUUUGCUUCUGCGGCUUGCAUAUCAGAGUCUUGGAGUUGUUUAUGGAGAUUUGGGCACUUCUCCAUUGUAUGUGUUCUACAAUACAUUUCCUCAUGGAAUCAAAGAUCCGGAGGAUGUUAUUGGAGCUCUCUCUUUGAUUAUAUACUCUCUUACUCUUAUCCCACUCCUCAAGUACGUCUUCAUCGUGUGCAAAGCAAAUGAUAAUGGUCAAGGUGGUACAUUUGCUCUUUAUUCGUUGCUUUGUAGGCAUGCAAAAGUAAAAACUAUUCCAAAUCAACACAAAACAGAUGAGGAGUUAACAACGUAUAGUCGUUCUUUUUUCCAUGAACAAUCAUUUGCUGCUACAACUAAGCGAUGGUUGGAGAGACAACCUUCCAGAAAGAAUGCCCUUCUUAUUCUUGUCCUUGUUGGCACUUGUAUGGUGAUUGGGGAUGGUAUUCUCACUCCGGCUAUAUCUGUUCUUUCAGCUGCUGGUGGGAUCAAGGUAGACCACCCACAUAUGAGUAAUGAUGUAGUGGUAGUUGUCGCUGUUGUAAUAUUAGUAGGUUUGUUUAGCAUGCAACACUAUGGAACAGAUAGAGUUGGCUGGCUCUUUGCUCCUAUUGUGCUGCUUUGGUUCCUCUUAAUUGGGGGUAUUGGAAUAUACAACAUAUGGAAAUAUGACAUUAGUGUUCUGAGAGCUUUUUCGCCUGUAUAUAUCUAUCGGUAUUUGAGAAGGGGAGGUAAAGACGGUUUCACCUCUCUUGGAGGUAUUAUGCUUAGUAUAACAGGUACAGAGGCACUCUUUGCCGACUUGGCCCAUUUUCCAGUUUCAGCUGUACAGAUUGCUUUUACAGUAGUUGUAUUUCCAUGCCUUCUUUUGGCAUAUUCUGGACAAGCUGCUUAUCUUAUUCAAAACAGGGAUCAUGUGGUUGAUGCAUUUUAUCGUUCUAUUCCAGAUAGCAUAUAUUGGCCAGUGUUUAUUGUUGCAACUGCAGCUGCUAUAGUUGCAAGUCAGGCAACGAUAUCUGCAACGUUUUCAAUAAUCAAGCAGGCUCAUGCACAUGGUUGUUUCCCAAGAGUCAAAGUUGUACAUACAUCAAAGAAGUUCCUUGGCCAGAUAUAUGUUCCUGAUAUAAAUUGGAUCCUUAUGAUUCUUUGCAUUUGUGUGACUGCCGGGUUCAAGAAUCAAAGCCAAAUUGGAAAUGCUUAUGGGACAGCUGUUGUGAUCGUCAUGCUGGUUACCACAUUGCUCAUGUCUCUAAUCAUGAUACUAGUGUGGCGCUGCCAUUGGAUUAUUGUCCUGCUUUUCACAGGCCUAUCACUGGUUGUGGAAUGCACUUACUUUUCUGCUGUACUCUUCAAGGUUGAUCAAGGCGGGUGGGUUCCCCUUGUAAUUGCUGCAGCCUUUCUGAUCAUCAUGUAUGUUUGGCAUUACGGUACACUGAAACGCUACGAGUUUGAGAUGCAUAGUAAGGUUUCCAUGGCAUGGAUUGUUGGUCUUGGCCCUAGUUUAGGACUGGUAAGAGUUCCUGGAAUUGGACUCGUGUACACCGAGUUGGCAAGUGGCGUUCCCCACAUCUUCUCUCACUUCAUCACAAAUCUACCUGCUAUCCAUUCUGUUGUUGUUUUCGUCUGUGUGAAGUACCUUCCUGUCUAUACAGUUCCUGAAGAAGAGAGAUUCCUGGUCAAGCGCAUUGGGCCAAAGAAUUUCCAUAUGUUCCGUUGCGUUGCGAGGUAUGGCUAUAAAGACCUACACAAGAAAGACGAGGAUUUUGAGAAAAAACUCUUUGACAACCUCUUCUUAUUUGUCCGGCUCGAGUCGAUGAUGGAAGGAUGUUCUGACUCGGAUGAGUAUAGUUUAUAUGGUCAGCAAACUGCACGCUCGAGGGAAGCUUUACUCACUGAUAAUAAUGGAAAUACAACUUGUUCUGCAGCAGACUCCAUAUUUUCAUCGGUCGACUCAAUCAUGCCCGUCAAGUCACCAUUACAUGCUAAUCUCACCACUGGGUCAUCAGGUCAAACAAGCAGCAGCCAAAUGGAAGUUGAUGAGUUAGAAUUUUUGAAUAAUUGUAGGGAUGCUGGGGUGGUGCAUAUACUAGGGAAUACAGUGGUGAGAGCAAGAAGGGAUUCAAGGUUCUACAAGAAGAUAGCUGUUGAUUAUAUUUAUGCAUUUCUUAGGAAGAUUUGUAGGGAGAAUAGUGUGAUUUUCAAUGUUCCUCAUGAGAGUCUCUUGAACGUUGGACAGAUUUUCUAUGUAUAAAUUUUUUGGCUGUUAUGGUUAAUACAAACAAGUAGGUCAUAUUUUCUUUCUAA